CCAGCCUAGAAACAUAUUGGAUCCAAAGCCCACUUAAUUAUCUCUCUCAUCGUCCUCAACUUUCCUUAUGGUUUACACUGCAACAAUAACCAACAAAAACCAGCAAAAAACCCUAGAUUACGACUCGGGUUGACCCGAUUCCGAACUCCGCCAUGGAACCCGAAGACGUCGCCACCGGGGCAACCAUCGAUGAGGACGAGAUCUACGCCAACGGAGGAGACGACAGCGAGUCGCAGCGACACCGCCCGAUCAUCAGCGGCGAGCAGCUCGACGUCGAGGCGUACGCUGCCCUGUACGCUGGCCGCACGAAGAUCAGCCGCCUUCUCUUCAUCGCCGAGAAAUGCGGCAUCGCGUCCAUGGAGCUGGAGGCAUUGCGGUUGGCGUACGACGAGACGAAGAAGGGGGCGAACACGCAGCUGUUCAGGGAGGUUGUGGCGAGGAUUGACGGGCGGUGGGGCCCAAAUUACGGGCCGGAUAAUGCGUGGGCCGAUGUCGUGGACAGGCGGGCCGAGCUGAGGAAGGAGAAGCUCGAGAACGAGCUGAACGCUUACAGGACAAACUUGAUCAAAGAGAGCAUUCGGAUGGGAUACAAUGAUUUUGGAGAGUUCUACUAUGCACACGGUCAACUUGGUGAGGCAUUCAAGAAUUAUGUCCGGACGCGUGACUACUGCACUACUUCAAAGCAUAUUAUUCAAAUGUGCCUGAACGCGAUCUUGGUUAGCAUUGAGAUGGGCCAGUUCACGCAUGUUACGAGUUAUGUUAGUAAGGCCGAGCAAAGCCAAGAUGCAUUGGAUCCUGUUACAGUUGCAAAACUGCGUUGUGCAGCUGGGUUAGCUCACCUGGAAGGCAAAAAGUAUAAGCUUGCUGCAAGAAAGUUCUUGGAAACUGGCCCUGAAUUGGGGAACAACUACAAUGCAGUGAUUGCACCCCAAGAUGUUGCUACCUAUGGCAGUCUAUGUGCACUUGCAAGUUAUGAUCGUGCAGAACUGAAGAGCAAUGUCAUUGACAACAUCAACUUCCGAAACUUCUUAGAAUUAGUACCUGAAAUAAGGGAACUCAUCAAUGAUUUCCAUACUAGCCAUUACGCUUCCUGUCUGGAAUAUCUAGGAAAUCUCAAGGCAAACUUGUUGCUCGAUAUUCAUUUGCACGAUCACGUCGAAACUCUGUACGAGCAGAUACGCAGCAAAGCCCUCAUCCAAUACACUCUCCCUUUUGUCUCUGUCGACCUCCGCAUGAUGGCAAACGCAUUCAAUACAAGUAUUACAGGCCUGGAGAAGGAGCUCGAAACUCUCAUCACUAAAGACCAGAUACAGGCUCGGAUAGACUCCCACAACAAAAUUCUAUAUGCUCGGCAUGCGGAUCAGAGGAACGGGACAUUCCAGCGUGUUUUGCAGACUGGCAAUGAAUUCGACCAUGAAGUGAGAGCCAUGCUUUUGAGGGCAAACCUCGUCAAACACGAUUAUAACCAGAAGGCAUCAUCAUCCAGGAAGCAUUAGAUUUGUAUAAUUGGGAUUUGGGAGAGGAUAUGAACAUAAGGGCUUAUUAUUUGGAUGCAUGGCUUUGAGGGGAAAAAAAUAAGAAUCGAUAUGAAAAGAAUUUACAAGGUCUGAUAAUUGGAUUAUUUGUUUGGAGUUUUCAGUCUUUUGGAUCGGCUCUCCGAUUGAGUGUUGUGGAAAAUGGAACAAUGAUUAAAUGAUUAUAUAUAUAUAUAUAUGUGUAUGUAUAUAUUUGGUUAAUUUAAACCUUAUAUCCAU